ACUACUCUUGUAAAGUUGUUUACCUUCAUCCUUCACGCCAAACAUGGAGCCCUCACCGUCGAAGGCUCGCCUACCAUUAAUGCCCAUUCCCAUUCCUCUCGCUUGCUGCUAUAUAUUUCCUUCCUCGUUCUUGUUCCCUUCCAAUCCGAAGAGAUAUAUCAGCCAGUCAAGAUGAAGCUGCUGGGUUGGAUGCAUCGGAAGUUCCGGCAGAACGGCGGCGAGGAGUUGAAGGACUCGGGAGGCGCGGCCGUUGCUGGUUGUGGUGGAUCGAUUUUUGGGCUGACGGAUGUUCGAUCGUCUACAUGCGUCGCAGGCGGCACUUGUAAUCGCCACUCCGGACGUCCGUCACUGGACCUCGACCUCAACCGCCGCCGCUUCCAUUAUGACCCUUUGAAGGCGAGAAGUCUUCGCCUCCACGUUGAGGCUCUCGAUGACUGCGGCGGCGGCGGCGGCGGCGGCGGCGGGGAGGAUCCGAUUGCGGAGGAGUUUUUCGAGGGACUGCUCACUAUCGGAACCCUGGGAGUAGGGACGGGGCCGAUCGAGGAGAAGAGGGAGGAAGAGGAGAUGGAGGAGUUGGCGGUGACCGAGCAGGUCGACGGCAAGCCUUUGCAGGUCGCGGUCGUCGCGAUCCCUGCGGCUCUGGAGGCCAUUGCGGAGAAGGAGGCGGAGGCGACGACCGAGACGGACCUGAUCAUGGUGAGCGAGGAGCUGGAGAAGGUGCUGACGGCGGAGGAAGAGAAGGCCGGAGGCCGGAUGUCCUCCGCUCGCUCGAGCCACGCCGGCGCGGCGGCGUGUCCGCUCCAGGGGUUCCUCUUCGGUUUACCCGUCGAGGCGGCGGAGACGGUGCUGAUGGAGGCGGAGGCGGCUGGUGGCUCGCGGAAGGAAAGGCGGGCCUCCCUGGGGGAGCUGUUCAUGAUGAGCCGGAUCACCGAGGAAGGGGAAGCCAAGUUCGCCGGAGGCGACGACGGGGAAGGCAAGCUGACCGCGCCUGAGAUGUGUUUGACCAAGAAAAAGCCGACGAAGCAGCGGGGAAGGAAAGGAUCGCCGGUCGACGGCGCUAAUGCAUUUAACGGCUCGACCAUGGAGAAGAAGUUUCAAAAGAUCCUUCAAUUGUUCCACAAAAAAGUGCACCCCGAGAGCUCCAUCAUGUCUAAGAAACCUUCAAAGACUGCCCGUAAAACUGAGAAAAUCUCCACUUCAAAGGCGACGAUCAGGAAAGAAAACAGUUCCAUCUCCAACUUCUCCAAUGCUCCAUCAUCGGCUUCGAGUGGCAAGAACAACAGAGGGCACUGGAUCAAGACAGAUGCAGAAUAUUUGGUGCUGGAGCUGUAGAAGAAAGGAUCAGUCUAUGAAGUGAGUGUGAGGUAUUUUGAUGGGAUUAAUAAAUUAUGCAUGUGGAUCACUUAGCUUGUUUACAACUAAAGUUUACUCUUCUGUAUCAUGUUUGAAUGUGGCUUGAAUAAACUAGUGCUUGCUUUAUUUAUUUCGAUAAUGGAUAGCAAAUCUGUCGAUUCUCUUUA